GUCGAACCUCCAAGUACUCCACAAGAUCAAGUACUGUGGUGCACACUCCACGGCCACCAAUAUGAUGUCAUACUCGUGAUGCACCUUAAUAGCUGCGAGUAUGCUGCGGAGCUGCACGCCCCUUGCCUUGCAAUCACUUCGCGCUUUUCACCAAUGUCCUACCCUUAUUACCAGUCAACUCUAAAUGGAUGGGGAAGCAACCAAUUACAAUUUGGCCGUCCUCCCCCGAUUCAGUUUCAACCACAGCCUUCAUCCCACGCACCACAUAUAGACCCUACGAUCUUCAAUCAGGUCUAUGGCAGAAUGUUUAAUGCAGAUGUGGCCCCCGUGGGUGUAGGUAUCAAUGAGGCUCGUGUAUGGCACCGACGGGGAUAUGGUGGUCUUUGUGCGAUUAGUGCGUUGUCUCCUCAGGAAAUUGGAUAUGCCUCGGCCUACGAAGCAUACCGGUUCUGGAUCCAUAAUAUCGCGCUCUAUGAGCCUUUCGGCGCAGAAAUUGAGCGCCAGAAAGAAGCAUUCACAGGACUUGCCAUUGCAGAAGCCAUCAAGAUGUAUAUGAUCUCAAACCCGGCUGAUACGGACUAUUAUAUACCAGCGUGCGAAGCUGCUGCAGCGACUGCAUUGCAUAUAUUCGACGAAAAUUCGUCGGGUUCCUCCAGAGGUGAUAUAGGUGCUGGGAUGGGGUACGAUACCGGAAUGGACGAUUCGGAACGCCCGGGAUGGACAGGUUCUGGCAUGGCUGGCGUGAUUGACCCACAUGCCAUUGACUAUGAUGCACCAUAUUUACGCCAGAAGACUGGGAGACACAGGCGGCUCUCGAUGUCAGCCCCACAUAGCGCUGCAGGAGCAUAUAGCCCUAGAGCGAGAUCGGUUAUGGGUGGGAUUGGGAGCUCGCCUUACUUGGGCACUGCACCUAGCAUGGGCAUGGGGGCGAACCCUACAAUUUAUGGUGGUGGGAGCCCCCUGGUGGGCGGAAAUGGAAUGGGAAUUACAGGAACGCAUGGAGGUGUUUACCCUGCUUAUGGUGCUGGGUCCUCUGUGUAUGGAGGAGCAUCUCCGGUACAUGCGCCACCCAUUUACGGCGCGUCUUCGCCUUACACCGGCACCCCCAAACAUCACAACGGUUUGCCCCGAAGACGCCACAGGUCAUCUAGCACACACUAUAACAGGCGUGCGCGGAGUGCCGAGCCCGGUAUGAUUGCAUACACUGACGCGAUGGGUGGUCCUACCUCCAACCAUGCUAUGGCAGUAGGAGGACUGACACGAGGUGCAGUGGGCGGUUUCACAAGAGGAGCUAUGGGAGGCGCCUCAAUCGGUGCGUCUAGUCCUAUGGGGGGCGGUGUGGGUGGUUUCUAUGGUGGUCCUAACAAGGGCUACGGUUACCCGGGACACAAAAGCAUAUAUCGAUACUAACGCGCUUCAGACUGUGAUAUGUUACCUUUAACAUUCUCAAUAGUGUAUAUAUACUUAGGAAUCAAUGUAUCCCGACACAUGGCACUUAACCGCAAUACGUAUCUGGUUUUCGUUCAUUUACGAAAGUACACAUCGUCCGACCAACUGGACCACUUCUCGGCGGCUUCGAGCAAUAAUUCCCCCUUCUGUCUUGCAGAUUCCAAGGCGACC